AUGAAGCAAUCACCCAUGUCGAGCCUUGUUGUGGCGUCAUCUUCUUCCAUCAUGAAGAAAUCAUCACUACUCAUGAAACAUAUCAAGAGUAAUUGUACGACCACUUUGGCUUUAACAUCAUCAUUCUCUCCAUCUCUCUCAAGAUUAUAUCAUCAUUCCAUGUGGAAUCUAUCAUCAUCAUCAGGGAAUCAUCAUCUCAUCCAUGAUAAGAAGAACAACAUCCUCACCCACAACAAUACAACAAGUAUCCUCCUCAAUAAUCAGCUCAUGAAUAAUAACACCCGAUUCUUCUCUCUCCGAACCAAUAUGUUGAGAAACAAUGAACAAACCAAACCCACCAUUCCUGAUUUAUCGGGAGGUAAUGGAACGAAUAUUCUUGAAAUUCCUCAAGUGGAAUCGGAGGUGGAUUCUGAAGGAUUUGUUACCGUGAAGAAUAUAAGAAACUUGGCCAUUAUUGCUCACGUCGAUACAGGUAAAACUACCAUGAUUGAUUGUUUAUUGAAACAAACAGGAACUAUUAAGAGUGAUGCUGAGGAACGUACUAUGGACAGUUUAGCUUUGGAAAAAGAGAGAGGUAUUACCAUUAUGGCUAAAUUGACCUCCGUGCAAUAUAAGGGUGAAUAUAUCAUUAAUAUUGUGGAUACUCCGGGACAUGCUGAUUUUUCAGGUGAAGUAGAAAGAGUCAUGUCCAUGGUGGAUGGUGUGUGUUUGUUAGUAGACGCUACAGAAGGUGUGAUGGCUCAGACCAAAUUCGUUUUGAGAAAGGCGUUGGAACAUGGUUUGAAACCCAUUGUGAUUUUUAAUAAGGCAGAUCGUGAAACAGCAAGAAUUGGUGGUGAAGUUGAGAAUGAAGUGUUUGAUUUGUUUAUUGAUUUGGGAGCCACUGAGGAGCAAUUAGAUUUUCCAAUUUUGUAUGCGAGUGCAAAGAAUGGUUGGGCAGUGAAUGAUUUUGAAAAUGAUCCACGAGUGGACACGGCACCAAUUUUUGAGGCCAUUCUCAAACACAUUCCAUGUCCAAGAGUUAAACCAUCAGCUACCUCACCAUUCCAAAUGUUGGUGAGUACGGUGGAUUAUGACAGAAUUUUUGGUAGAAUUGUGACAGGUAAAGUGUACGGAGGAAGUAUUAAACCAGGUGAUCGAGUGAAAGUCAUGAGUAGAACAGGAGAAGUUUUGGAAGAGGGUAAAGUGUUGCAAGUCAUGCAACGUAUUGGUAUGAAUAGAACUCCUGUGAAAAGAGCACUCUCAGGAUCCAUUGUUUCCAUCGCUGGUAUUUCUAAGGCUGGUGUCACAGAUACUGUUUGUGACGUUAAACAAGUGACUGAACCAAUUCCUGCAAAGCCCAUUGAUCCUCCAAUUUUGAGUGUCAUGUUUUUAGUGAAUGACAGUCCUUUGGCAGGUAGAGAAGGUAAAUUGUGUUCAGCCACUCAACUUCGAGCUCGUUUAUUGAAAGAAGCAGAAAUGAAUGUGAGUUUGACCAUUAAACCCAUCGGAGAGUCCUUUGAAAUUAUGGGUCGUGGUGAAAUGCAAAUUGCUGUCCUCAUUGAAAACAUGAGACGAGAGGGCUAUGAAUUCCAAGUAUCACCACCUCGAGUUAUUUUCCAAGAGAAGGAAGAUUUAAAAGAAGUUUUGGAACCCAUUGAAGAAGUUACCAUCGAUGUUGACAAUUCCUUGGCAGCGCAAUGCAUGGAAAAACUCUCCAAGAGAAAGGGUGAACUUGUGGACUAUAAAGUGGAGGGAACCAAGGCAAAAUUGAUAUAUCGUGUGCCAACACGUGGUCUCAUUGGUUAUGCUGCCGAGUUCAGAUCAGACACUCGUGGAGAAGGUCUUCUUAAUCACAUCUUCUCGUCCUAUGAAGAACAUAAGGGACCCAUUGAAAAGACAAGAAAGGGAGUCAUGAUUUCACUCGAAGAAGGUAAAGGUACUCCAUAUGCUUUGGGUCCACUCGAAGCAAGAGGACAAAUCUUUAUUACUCCUUCAACCGAUUGUUAUGAAGGAAUGAUUAUUGGAGAACACAGCAGAGAAAAUGAUAUUGAGGUCAAUCCAUGUAAGGAAAAACAUUUAACAAACAUGAGAGCUGCUGGUAAAGAAGAUGCCAUUCGAUUGGCACCACCGAGAAUCUUCCAAUUAGAAGAAGUUCUUACCUACAUUCAACAGGAUGAACUCGUUGAAGUGACACCCAAGAGUAUUCGUUUGAGAAAGAAAAUUUUGAGUGCAAUGGAUCGAAAAUUAUCCAAACGAAAGGAAAAGUAA